UGGCAAACUAUAAAUAGACUGCACAUUUCCACACAAUAUACGUACCAUUUUCACUCACCCUCUUUCCAUUUUCUCCAGAAGAGAGAAAUCCAAAAAAAUAAAAAAUAUGGGAAAAAAGGCUGUUCUUUUUUCAUUCAAUUUGCUAAUAGCACUCCAGCUUUUGGUGCUUCCACUCUCCGCUGCUCAAAAUAGAGGUCGGACGGUGACCGUGUUGAGCAUCGAUGGAGGUGGCAUUAGAGGAAUUAUCCCUGGCACGAUUUUAGCCUACCUGGAAUCUAAACUCCAGGAAUUGGAUGGUCCAAAUGCAAGAAUUGCAGAUUAUUUUGAUGUGAUAGCGGGAACAAGCACAGGUGGGCUUAUUGCAACAAUGAUAACAGCUCCUGGAAUGGAUAAUCGUCCUAUCCGAGACAACUUUGUGCUUAGGCUAACAAAUUUGAUUGGUGGUCCAAAGUAUGAUGGAAAGUACCUCAAAUCACUGGUCCAGGGGCUUUUGGGUAAUCUCACAAUGAGCCAGACCUUAACAAAUUUGGUGAUACCCUCAUUCGACAUCAAGCGCCUGCAGCCAGUUAUCUUCACCACCAAAGAUGGUAAAUCAGUUGUUUCCAAAAAUGCCCGUUUGUCUGACGUAUGCCUGGGCACGUCAGCUGCCCCGACUUUUCUGCCACCUCACUAUUUCGAGAUCAGAGAUGGAGGCGGCCAAGUUCGAACCUUUGACCUUAUUGAUGGAGGGGUUGCAGCUAACAAUCCCACCCUUGUGGCCUUAACCCACAUUUCGAAACAAAUCCUUGUGGGAGAUUUGGAGUUGGAGGGCAUGCAGCCGAUGGACAGCGAGCGCAUGUUGGUGCUGUCAUUGGGCACUGGUGUGGCCAAGGAGGAACAGAAAUACAGCGCCCGAGAGGCCGCCAGGUGGGGCUCCCUCUCGUGGAUCUUCAACGGAGGCUCGACUCCCGUCAUCGACGUGUUCAGUGAUGCCAGCUCAGACAUGGUCGACAUUCACGUCUCCACCAUUUUCCAGUCAUUACGCAAUGACCAUAAUUACCUUCGUAUCCAGGAUGACACGUUGUCUGGGGAUGCGUCGUCGGUUGAUGUCUCAACUGUCGAGAACAUGCAGACGUUGGUACAAAUUGGAGAAGGGUUGCUUAAGAAACCGGUGAGCAGAGUGAACUUGGAUACGGGCCGGGCUGAGCCCGUUCAAGGGGGUGGCACAAAUGAAGAGGCUUUGGCCCGGUUUGCGAAGAUGCUUUCGGAUGAGAGGAAGUUUCGCCUGGCGAAAUAAGGUUGAUCGAGUGUCUUGGCAAAAUUCAUACUAUACAAGUAAUAGAAAUUCAAGAUAAGAAACAAUACUAUUUGCGUCAUCACCAUUAAUUCACCCUAUUAUUAGCGUUUUUCGACCAUUUUUGUAAUAAGGUAACACAUGGAAGACAGUUUCCAUCAGAUGUCUGUGCAUAAAACUCAGUUCACAGUCUGCAAAGCUAAUGAAUGAAAGGAGAUUGUGAUCAUAUAAGAGAUUUGUAAAGGCUAAAAUUGCAGAACCAAAAAGAAAGAUUCAGAAAAAGUACACGAACACAAAAGAAAGAGUUCUAGAAGCAAAAACAACCAUUUUGGGAUCAAGUUGGGAGAGGAGGAAAAACAGAAACUCCGUAUUAUGAUGAAAUAGAAACAAAAAGUAAAUAAAUAAAUAAAG